AAGACUAUGCAGUAGUGAAAUUAUUUUUAUGGAUGGGACAUUUAAAUCAGCACCUCAGUUAUUUACCCAAAUUUAUACUUUGCACAGCUAUGUUGUAGGAAUAAUGAUACCAUUGGCUUAUGCAUUGCUACCCAACAAAAGCACAGAAACGUAUUCCAGAAUGUUUAAAAUAAUAAAAGAAGCUGCUCUAAGGAAUGGUUUAAUAUUUAACCCCAAUACAUUUCAAAUAGACUUUGAAAUUGGUAUGAUUGUUUCAAUUAGAGAAACUUUUGGAUAUACAACAUCUAUAAAAGGAUGUUUAUUCCACUUGGGUCAAUCAAUUUGGCGGAAAGUUCAAAAUUUAGGGCUUGUUCGUGAUUAUAAUCAAAAUGACGAUAUAAAAAAAACUGUACGCCGUAUGUGUAGCCUAGCUCUAAUACCAAUAGACCAAAUCGAUGAUUGUUGGACAGAAAUUCAUGCCCAAGCGCCUCAACAUGAAGGUAAAUAUUAAAAGGUAUUUAAAAUUUGUGUACUACAAUUUUUAUAUUUAUAUAAAUAAAUUAUUUAGGUUUGGAUAGAUUGAUGAGUUACUUCGUAGAAACUUAUUUGGAUAACGACGUUAGUAUAUUUAGUCGUAGCAUGUGGAACCACUACGAAACAGACCAUACGAGGACAAUUAACCACCUCGAGGG